AUGUUCAUCCACGGCCUCCUCCCUACCCUGCUCUGUCUAACCCUCUGGCCCCUGUGGAGCCUCCUGAUGUCUGCCUUCUGCCACCCUCUCCACAGCCCCUGCAGACUGACCCAAAAGACUGCUCUCUGUAGCAACAGUGAGCUCUCAUCUGUACCUGGGGGCCUACCUGACAGCAUAGAGGACCUCCACCUGAACCACAACCACAUUCAGAUGCUACAAGAUGACUCCCUCUCCCGCUACGUCUCCCUUCGUACCCUAAGCUGUGCAGACAACCUUUUGGAGACGGUGGGGUCCAAGCUCUUUCACAACUCACCUCAUCUAGAGAGCCUCAAUCUAGCUGCCAAUAAUCUUCACGUUGGAUACCAGCAAACUAGCCUGGCGCUGCUCACCUUGUCUAGACUCAGAGUUCUGGAUCUGUCAAAAAAUCAGCUUACAGAGGACAUGGUCUCCGUCCUCCUCCAGAAUAUGACGUCCCUGGAGUACCUCAACCUUUCCAGGAACCUCCUGCUGAGGCUGGACGAAAGCUCCUUCAGCGACCUCCACCAGCUCAGAGAGCUGGACCUGCAGAGGAACAUGCUGUUUGAGAUUGACGGGUCCUUUGAUCACCUGCACAAGCUCCAGAGACUCAACCUGGCCUUCAACUACCUGCCCUGCCUGGUGCACUUCCACAUGACCCAGCUGGUGGUCCUCAACGCCAGUCACAAUGCCAUUGAGUGGUUCAUAGCCAACCAGGACCUCCAGGAAGUCUUCCAGCUGGAGACCCUGGAUCUCACAGACAACAACCUCCUCUUCUUUCCCUUUCUGCCCACCCACAGCCGCCUGAGGAACCUCCAUCUGUCCCAGAACAGGGUGAGCUUCUACGAACACCUGGCGGACGCAGCUGCCUACCCCAACUGGAAGACCAGCGUCCAGUUCUACAACCUGAGGGGCAACAUGAGCAACGUCACGGCCAAGUUGUGGGACGAGAGCCUGCACGGGGACAUCUCCUCUCUAGACCUGCUGGAUCUGAGUGGAAAUCAGGUGCACUACUUCCCCCAAGGAUUCAUCAGCAAAAUGCCAAGCCUGACCAGACUCAGGAUGUGGACAAACUGUCUUGAGGUCUUGAAUCUAACUCUGGAAAAGCUGCCGGGGACGUUGUACGAGUUGGACGUGAGCAACAAUAGGUUGACUGCGCUCCAUGCCGACCAAGUUAGUUUGAGGAAGCUAGGCAACCUAAGCUUCCUGAACCUGAGCCAGAAUGACCUGCAGACUCUACCUGCUCAGCUGUUGUCCUCUCUCACCAGCAUCAGCUCUGUGGAUAUUAGUUACAACAGAGUUGGCGUGUGCCCCCAUGAGGCAGGGGGUAGUGGCAUGGGUGGGGGUAACCAAUCAGACUGUGUCGUUUGGAGAAACAUCAUUUCUCUGAGAUAUCUCUACCUAUCAGGGUGCAACCUGGGGAGGCUGCCAUCAUCAGCGUUCGUAGGGACGCCCCUAACACACCUGGAGCUGUCUAACAACCCAGAACUCAUCAUCGGGCCCAGAUCGAUCGCAGGCCUCAGCAGAACUUUGCACCAUCUAGGAUUGGGAAACACAGGCCUGAGGCACUUUGACUUCUCUCCUUUCCAUCACUUGAAGUCUUUGAACAUUUCCAGAAACUCUCUUACUCAGCUCCCUGCUUCACUGCAACGCCUGGAGCUGAAGCUGCUGGACCUGAGGGACAACAAACUGACCACCGUCCCCUCAGCUCAGGCUAACGUGUUAGCCACGAAACUCCACGCCGUUUUUCUCAACGGAAACACUUUCAACUGCUGCCAGUUGGACUGGUACAGGACGUUGGAGAAAACGGUCACUAUCAUGGACCUCUCGGAUAUUUCAUGUCAGGAUCUGACCAAAAGAACACACAGAGUGGUGCUUGUAGACUCCCUACUAUGUGGCGGUAGUGAGGGGGAGUCUGUGUACUGGUACAUCCUGCUGUUUAUCGUACCUGUUCUCUGUCUGGUUGGAAUGUCUGUUAUCUUCCUGCUCACCUUUAGGCCCAGACUGCUUCCCACAGCAGUUAGAAAUAAAUGCUGGAGUCAACUUCCCUGUGUUGACGAAGAAAAGUCCCAAAAAGAAGACCCUGGUCGUGUCCAAAUACCCAUACUAGAGAUCUAAGUAGAAGGCAUUUUAGGGAUGCGAAAAUAGAACGUUUUAUAGUAAGUGCAAUUACAACAAAAAAUAGUACGCUUCAAAAUGCCAGAAUGUUAUGUUACUUCUGAGAAAGAUAAUCCUCUUUCCAGACUCACGUGUGUUUGACAACAGCUGAUAAUGAGAUCACUAUUUUAUUUAAGUAGGCAAGUCAGUUAAGAACUAAUUCUUACUUACAAUUCCUGGGCAAUUGUGCACCGUCCUAUGAGACUCCCAAUCACAGCCAGAUGUGAUGCAUCCUGGUUUCGAACCAGGUACUGUAGUGAUACCUCUUGCACUGAGAUGCAGUGCCUUAGACCGCUGUGCCACUCGGGAGCCCAAGGGGACAUGCUGUACCAAAAUCAAAUCAAAUCGAUUUAUAAAGCCCUUCUUACAUCAGCUGAUAUCUCAAAGUGCUGUACAGAAACCCAGCCUAAAACCCCAAACAGCAAGCAAUGCAGGUGUAGCCCAAAUUGAAGCCUUAGAAUGAAUGAAUGGCGGGAAUCAACGCAGUUGCACAUUAGAUUAAUCAUUCUCAGGAUGGAUGAGCCUAGUAAUGUUGCUUACUGCAUUCGUUUGUACUAAACAGUAUGUGUGUAGUACGAUUAGUACACAGAAUGUAGUUUUAUUAAGUAGUAGGCAAGACAGAUUUCAGAUACAGCCAUUGUCACAAAUUACAAUUAUGUAAAAGUGUGAUGUUUUGCACAUACAGUAUCAAUACAAUUUCUGG